CGCCGCCGCCAUGGCCCAGCCGAGGCGCCCCGGGUACCGGUACCCCGCGCCCCACAACGGGGCCGCCUCGCCCGCGGGGCCGCCCUACAGCAACGGUCCUGUGCAAAACCCACUGAUGCAUUCACCGCAAGUGUCUGUAAGCCAAGGAUAUAAUUCUCCAUUUCCAGGAUCCUACCCUCACCAGAUGCCCACAAAGCCUCCUCCAAGUCCAGCACCCGGACAAUACAACUACAGUGGUCCUCAGACUGUUUCUGCAUUAAAUAACUUUCAGGGACCCCAGCAGACUCUUAACAGACCACCUCUGGACUCAAAUCUAAUGGCCCCUCUUCCCCAGAUGCCACCACUUCCAUCUCCCAACCCUGCAGCUCUCACAGCACCUGCUGGGAACUUUCUUCCCGGAGCUAAUCCUGCCCAACCUUCAAACUGGCAAUACAGCCAGUCUUCUCGGAGUCAGCGACCCGGUGAAUCCCAAGCAAACCAUCUUGCUCCUGGACCAUCCCAGCCAGCCUCCUCUUCAGAGAAUACAAGCCCAUUGACAAGUCAGUACGUUGCUUCUCCUGGAGGGCCUCCUCUUCAAAACAGCUACGUGAAAUCAGGCUCUGCCCCACCGGUGAAUCAGCCUUUGCCUACGACUUUUCAGCCAACUCGGGCUCCUGUUGGGCCUCCUCCCUGUGGAGGCCCACCUCCACUAAAGCCAUUGGCUCCCCCAAGAGGAUCACCAAACAGUGCUACUCCCCAAACCCAGAAUAAUUCAGCUACGAACCCAGAAGGUGAUGUUGCUUCGACAGCAAAUAAUGGAUCUACGGUCCACAACAGCUAUGAUGCAAUUGAAGGAGGUGGCUUCAUGGGAGCAUCACAUCCUCCCAGCCAGAAUCCUAAAAUGGCUCGAAACGUUGGGUAUUCGUAUCCAACUUUACCACCAGGCUACCAAAAUGUAGCUGUGCCCGGGGCACCGGGAAUGUCGUCCACAUCCUUGCAGUAUCCCAGUGGACCGCAGCCAUUUUCUCAGUCUCCCAUAGGUGCUAAUCACUUAACUGCAACCAUGGGUGGCUUGAGUUUACACCCUGAAGGAUUAAGAAUGGUCAAUCUUCUCCAAGAGAGAAAUAUGCUUCCUCCAACCCCAUUAAAGGCUCCUGUCCCAAACCUGCAUGAAGAUAUCCAGAAACUCAACUGUAACCCAGAGUUGUUUCGGUGUACCUUGACCAAUAUUCCUCAAACUCAGGCCUUAUUGAACAAAGCCAAACUUCCUUUGGGACUGCUGCUUCAUCCUUUCAAAGACUUACUGCAAUUGCCUGUAGUUACCUCCAGUACAAUUGUGAGAUGUCGUUCGUGUAGGACAUACAUCAACCCCUUUGUCAGCUUUCUUGACCAAAGGAGAUGGAAGUGCAACUUGUGUUACCGAGUGAAUGACGUUCCUGAAGAAUUCAUGUACAAUCCAAUGAGUAGAGUCUACGGAGAACCCCACAGAAGACCUGAAGUUCAAAAUGCUACGAUUGAGUUUAUGGCUCCUUCAGAAUACAUGUUACGCCCACCUCAGCCACCUGUGUACCUCUUUGUGUUUGAUGUAUCUCACAAUGCAGUUGAAACUGGAUAUUUGAAUGCAGUCUGCCAGAGUUUGCUAGAAAACCUGGACUCGCUUCCUGGCAACACUCGAACAAAAAUUGGUUUUAUCACAUUUGACAGUGCGAUUCACUUCUACAGUCUGCAAGAAGGCCUGUCUCAGCCUCAGAUGCUAAUAGUUUCAGAUAUUGAAGAUGUCUUCAUACCAAUGCCAGAAAACUUGUUAGUAAAUUUAAAUGAAAAUAAAGAGCUCAUCCAGGACCUCUUGAAGACGUUGCCGCAGAUGUUUACCAAGUCUUUAGAGACUCAGAGUGCUCUGGGCCCCGCAUUGCAGGCAGCCUUUAAACUGAUGUCCCCCACUGGUGGCCGCAUCACUGCCUUCCAAACCCAGCUUCCAUCUAUUGGAGCAGGAGCGUUAAAAUCCCGCGAAGAACCUAACCAAAGAGCAUCUGCUAAGGACAUACAUCUCACACCGUCCACUGAUUUCUAUAAGAAGUUAGCCCUGGACUGCUCGGGCCAACAGGUAGCAGUUGAUUUGUUUCUCCUCAGCGGACAGUAUUCUGACUUGGCUUCUUUAGGUUGUAUUUCUAGAUAUUCCGCAGGAAGUGUCUAUUACUACCCAUCUUACCAUCACCAGCAUAAUCCAGUUCAAGUAGAGAAGCUACAGAAGGAACUGAAGCGCUACUUAACUAGAAAGAUUGGUUUUGAAGCAGUCAUGAGGAUAAGAUGCACCAAAGGCCUUUCCAUUCACACCUUCCACGGGAACUUUUUUGUACGAUCAACAGAUUUGUUGUCUUUGCCUAAUGUGAACCCGGAUGCUGGAUAUGCAGUACAGAUGUCAGUAGAAGAGAGUCUUACUGACACUCAGGUGGUUUCUUUCCAGUCAGCCCUCUUGUAUACGUCCAGCAAAGGCGAACGAAGGAUCCGGGUACAUACAAUGUGUUUGCCGGUUGUUUCAACACUGAAUGAAGUCUACCUUGGAGCUGAUGUGCAGGCCAUUACGGGAUUGUUGGCCAACAUGGCUGUUGACAGGUCAGUGUCCGCCAGCCUCAGCGAUGCCCGGGAUGCCUUGGUGAAUGCUGUCAUCGACUCUCUGUCUGCCUACCGCUCUUCAAUUCUGAGCGGUCAGCAACCUGGACUCAUGGUUCCUUAUUCUUUGCGUCUCUUCCCUCUGCUUGUGCUGGCCCUCCUUAAGCAGAAAUCAUUUCAGACUGGGAUCACCGCACGAUUAGAUGAGCGUAUUUUUGCCAUGUGUCAAGUGAAAAAUCAGCCCCUGGUAUUCCUCAUGCUCAUGACUCACCCUAAUCUGUAUAGAGUUGACAAUCUCUCCGAUGAGGGAGCCCUGAACGUCAGUGACAGAACUAUACCCCAACCCCCCAUUCUCCAGCUGUCCGUGGAAAAGUUGAGCCGGGAUGGUGCCUUCCUCAUGGAUGCUGGCUCGGUGAUGAUGCUGUGGGUUGGAAAAAACUGUGGGCAGAAUUUUAUCAGCCAAGUUCUAGGGGCUCCCAACUAUGCCUCCAUCCCACAAAAUAUGACACACCUUCCAGAACUCGACACGGCGGAAUCUGCCAGAACAAUAGCUUUUAUCUCUUGGCUUAGGGAACACAGACCAUUCUUUCCCGUACUCUACGUAAUAAGGGAGGAGAGUCCAAUGAAAGCAAAUUUUCUGCAGAACAUGGUAGAAGACAGAACAGAGUCUGCGUUAUCUUAUUAUGAGUUUCUCCUGCACAUACAACAGCAAGUGAAUAAAUGAACAAGUAAAUGAAAUGAACCACUGAAGGGUUCACCUUUUAAUUUUACCUUUUGGUUGGAAAGGAGAGUCACUCAACUACAAAACACUUCAACAUUUGAGAGCAUUUAAUGCCUAAGUUUGUGGCCUGGUGUGAUGGUUUAAGAUGCUCACACUGUGAUUCAACAGAGGACAGCAAAUAAAGGACCACAGCAGAGAACCUAAUAUGUGCAAUGAUGAAAUAAUGUAUUUUCAAAUCAAAAUGUAUCUGAAAAUGGUUGGGCUCCUUUUCAUUUGCUACAAAUUAUGUUUUUAAAUAGUUGUAGAAUGAAGUCUAUGAGGCAAUAUUGAAAGGGUAAAAUACAAGUUGUAAAAUCAAGGAUUAUUUUGUUCAGAUUUUAAAUUGCUCUAAUCUACUUCUGCUGGUUUUUCUUUUUUUUUUCUUUUGCUGCUAGAAUUAAGACCUCAAAAAACUUAGUUGUUGCAGGGAAGUUACGUACCCACGAAUGAAAGAUGGACCGCCAUAAAGAUUAAAAUGGAGCAGUCCAUUUUGACAUGAAUAGAUUUUAACUUCUCGACAUUUUCAAAAUUUGUUGUGGGCGGGAGGGCGGGAGGGUUUGAGCCUUACCUAGCUGGCUUGAGAGGGGGAAUAUGAAGUAGAACAGUCAAAACUUAAAAUUCAUCAGUAUUCCUUAUACCUGAAGAACAAAACCUCCACUGACAGAGGGCAAGCAGAGAACUAUCCAGCUGGGCUUCAGACAUGCCAACUCUUGCGCAGUUCAGAUAAUCCAAGCUCUCUUCAAAGAUACUCACCAUUUUACUAAGGGCCAGAGGAGCAAAGAGAAUCUUAGGAAGGUGUGAAACUGUAAUCCUCUUGAUCCUUUCUCGUAGUGAGUUUCAUUUGAUCCAUUUCUGCUUGACACGUUCAACCAACCGUUUCAGGUGUGCAGUGAAAACGCUCCUUAUGUGAAAUGAGAUUGUUGGCCACAAAUAUCAGAUGUCUGUCAGAUGUGCAUUCUGCCUCAAAAUGCACUAAUAAUUUCAAGUGUUAUUAAAGUUAGGAUGAGGAAACUGCAGAGUGAACAUGAAUGAUGUUUUUUUAAAUUAGAAAUGAAGACCCGUUAAGCUUGAGUGGUGGUUUGAAAUUUUCUCUCUCAAGAUUUCAUAAAUCUUUAUUAACCGAAGUUAUGUAACAAAGCCUGAUUUCAAGAUGUGCAGCAAGAUAAAUAAAGCCUUUUUGGUCUGCAGGAGAUUUUGAGGCCAAACCAGUUAAAGCCCCUGUAAUAUAUGGAUGCUGAAAAAGUAAAGCGUGAUGAUUAAAAAAGACUUGGGCGCACGUAGUUUGGCCCGUGGAUUUCCCCAAAGUUCUCCUUGCCUACAGAAUAAGAACAUCCAUAUGUGACUUUUUUCCUUGUAUUAUUAUUACUCAGUGGAACCUUUUGGUUUAGUGUGUUUACAAACCCGGUCAAGUACUAUCACCAAUUGAGUAGUAAUUUUCGGGUUUACUUCAGUGUGAACUGUACUUCACCGAGUCGACUCGGUGAAGGUGAGAAACGGGGGCCCGAGGAGGAUCCAGCCACUUUGGGUAGAGGAUCAGAAACCAGUUAUAAUUUGACGACGAAGAAGGGGCCGGGGCCCGAGGAAGAUCCAGCCACUUUGGGUAGAGGAUCAGAAACCAGUUAUAAUUUGACGAUGAAGAAGCGGCCCCUGUCUUCUCAGUGCAGCUUCACGCCUUGUCCUCUCCAUGUGCAAAUCAACGGACUGGGGUCCUUCCUGGAAGAAGCUUGCCAGAGCUUAAUCUCUAGGUUUUGUUACUAUUUAGUUGAAAUGAAGCGGUUUAUAAAUUAGAAAAAUAGAGCGCGUUCUGAUUCUUUUUUCCUUUCCAAAUAGAUUGAUAUAUCAGUUAUUUAUUGUACAUUGCUAUUUUUCUUGCAAAACUAACGUCUUUGAGGACAGUUUUAAUUUUUAAAGCCUUUCGCAAGUGGUGAGAGGGCUGCCCAGGGCACGUGGUGUUGGCGUGAAGGCUGAGCUUGUCGGCUGGUGAACCCACUGGGGACCUUCUAACCUCCCCGUGGUGAGCGGGGCCGGGGAAAGAGGCAGGGCGGCGAUAUCCCCAACACCACGCACAUUAUUAGCAGAUUUCCCAGAUCUACCUAUUUUUUUAAUUCCUGUUUUAGAUAUUAUCUAACUUAUUUUGCACAAACCAGGGUAAUUAUCAAUCCUCAAGGUCCUCUAAACAUAGUUUCUUUUUAGAACUCAGUACAUUUGGGUCUUUGACCUCCCCCAACCCCCAAGGAGUGGAUUUCUUUUGGGGGAGUUGGAAAUUGAAGCAGUUAUUCAUUGCAAUAUUGAAUGUGGAUGUUUGAGGUUUUUCUUCCUUGCAGCCCAGCGUGUGCUGCUGAUUUGUCUCUUCUUUUUUUCGCCAUUGUAAAGCAGACCACCAUAUUUUCAAUCUAGGCCGUAGUUUUCCGCAAAGUUGUAAAUGGGAAAUGCUUGCAUUUUCUACUUGUCUACAACGCCUGGAGUAACUGGCAAGGGCGGUCUUGACACUUUAAUCUGAGCAUGACAGCGCUGCCACAAGAAAUGUACUCUAUUUUUCUAGUUUCUGGGAUUUUUAAAAAUACUUUUUGUCAGUUUGACAUCCUAGGAUUCAGUAGUCAAGAGCAGUACCUUCCACCUUCAUUGGCUUAUUGUGUUAAUUUACUACACUGUGUGAGUCUAAUAGACUGUUUUGCAAUAAUUAGAAUAAAAGACAUGUCUCUUUAUUCAGCGUUAACAAUGCGUAAUCAAGGAUGCAUAACAGCUAUUACCCUGGGGACCAUCAAAUGUGAUUUGAAGCUUCUGUUCACUAUUACAGAUGUAAUCCUUAGAGUAAAUUUAAUUUUGUAAAGUAGUGUAUAAUAUUGUAACAUUAAAUCCUCGUCUCAAACUCAAACAUAUAUUGAUCUUCAAUGUGAAGUGUUAAAUCUUGCCGCUUUUGGAAUCUAAAGAGACAAGAUGGACUUGUCCUCCUUUUUACAGUUUGUAAUUUUCACUGUUUUAUUCCUGUAAAAAAAAAAAUAGUCAUUUGUAACACAUGCAAAUGCUUAUUUUAUCUGUGCUAAUUUAUCAAUUUGGCUACUCACAAUAAAGUUAAUCGAAAGAGCUCGCAAAA